CUCUUUGCUGCGAUUUUCUUUCGUUUCAUGUCAGAAUUUCCUACCGACGUCCCGGGUCUGUUUACCUCGGAGACUAUACUCGACGUUCCCGUUGCGGUAUGGAAGAGGAUACUCUUGGGUAGCGAUUUCCCCUCGCGAUGUGCCCUUGAAGGGCUCACUUUUUGCAAAGCUCGCAAACGAAAACAGCAUGAAUUUAUUGUGCUGUAUUUCCGUCAUUGGAAUGUCUUAGUGCCUGCAACUGCGGUUAUGGUUGUAGACCGCGCUGCAAAGACAUCCUCAAAGAAAAAUGGCUAUUCCGCACCUAUCGCGCAUUCGUCAGGCAUCAUUUCCCCUGCAGCUUUACAAACUCUCGCCUUUGAUUCCGUUUCCCAAGUCAUUACCCCAAUCAAGGAUACUCAGGCUGAAAUUCGAAAGUGCCUGCGUGAAAGAUAUGGCAAGUACAAAGAACUUUGCAACCAUACAUUCUCCGACAACUCUGCACGCCCCUCGGCAACCCAGAUAUCUGUUCUCUUAUCCGUUAUAAGCCAGCAUGCUCCCAACUACAACUUGUACCGAUUUCAGUGCUAUUGGUUUGCUAUGACUAUCUGGGAAGCCACAAAACAGCUCUACCCAGACUCGGAGGAUACCGAGGCACCCUGGAAAGGGAAGCACUCUCGCUGGCACGGGAUUAAAAUGGAUUCGGCAGACAGUGUAGAUGCCGUGUGCGAGAAGUACGCUAUGGAGUGGAAGCUCUUCGAAAAAGAAGCAGAGCGGAAGAAGCAAGCAGAGCAUGACAGAAUGCAGGAGAUGUGUGGGCAGGUUCUGACUGAGAAACAGGCGGAAAUUGACCGCUUACAAGCGGAAGUUGCCCGAUUACGAAGUGAUGCGAGGUCGCCCAAGGUGACGUUUGAGUAUCAUUAAAGUCACUACAUUUGGAAGUACAUGCAGUUUGACUCCCUAGUUCACCAGCGCUUGGAUGUCGGCGGUUUUUCGAUUUUAUGUGAUCCGUUUCUGCACUAUUCUCAGCUACUUUCAUAUUGAUAGAUCAGAUCUCUUUUUUUGUUUUCUAUUUACUCACUGGACAAACACGGGAGUGUUGAGUUCACGUUGAGUACCCUGUUAUGACUUCGAGCUAGCUCGGUUGUAGGGUUCGGGGAAUUUGAGGUGUGCAAGUUACAGGGUAACCUCGAAAACCAGGUGUCAAUAUUAUUC